AUGGGGUACACCACAGUCGAGAUGCUACUGGAUGAUGUGUCAAAACAGAUGGCAUCCUCGAAUCUCUCUCGAUAUCCUCGCGGACCGCAAGGACAAAGGACAGGAGGAUCAAUGAGGAUAGUCAAACCCAACAGUGCCAGCAACAGCCCGAGAGGUUCGGCGGGACUCGGCAGACGGAGGACAGUAAUGAAUGAUGGGGCAUAUCGACGAAGGCUUGCCAUGCUGGAACAACAAAACGCAAUGGCAGCUGGUGGCUUCAUAUCGAACGAUGGUCUCCAAGUGCCUGCUCGAUCGGCUCGACCUAUGAGCUGGCAUCCAGCUUCCCAUUUGGCUCCUCAACCUACUUACCAGCAAUCAUAUCCACUCCAAACUCCGGAAUAUCAACAACAGCUCCAGCUGUUUGAUAUGCCACCCACGCCUGCAGUAUAUUCUGGAUACGCUUCACCAGACUCGAGCUUCUCGCCAUUAUCGAUGCCGUUCAACGGUUAUGAACAACCACAAUGCUCAUAUCCGUUCACAGCUUCGACAUUCCAGUCACAACCUCAGUAUCUAGCUGAUCAACCACAAUUCAUAACACAACAAACACAACAGAUUGUCUCGCAAAACACCAACACAGACCCUACUAUGUACUCUCAUUUCGACUGGAACAACUUUGCUGCGAAUGGAUUUGAAAGCUCAAGCACGGCCCCACCAACACCCGAUAACUUCUUGCCUAUCCAGAACCCAGAACCAGCCUUCUCGGCUGAGGAGUCGAUUCCAUACGAACCCCUUGAGGACCCCGAGUCCGGUGGUGAGGAGCUCAUCGGUAUGGGUCUGUAUGACAGUCCCGAUACAGUCAAGACCUCUUCGUUGGAUCCACAGCUCGACAACUAUCGAGCUCUCAUGAUGUCUCACCUUAUGGGCUCAGGCCACCGGAAGACAGAGUCGACUGGCAAGGGCUUGAAGCUUGAGGAGACCUGGGAACCUCCUGCCAGCGAUGACGAAGAUGCAGACGAUGAAGAGCAAGACGGCGAAGGAGAGGACGAGGAGGUCGAAGAAGCACCUCAAGCACUAGCUGGCUGGCUAUGA